GCAAAGAUGGCUGAGAAGCAGAAGCACGAUGGACGGGUUAAAAUAGGACACUACAUCUUGGGUGACACGCUAGGAGUUGGCACCUUCGGAAAAGUGAAAAUGGGUGAACAUCAGCUAACAGGGCAUAAAGUUGCAGUGAAAAUAUUGAACAGACAAAAAAUUCGUAAUUUGGAUGUUGUUGGCAAAAUAAAGAGAGAAAUACAAAAUCUAAAGCUUUUUCGACACCCUCACAUAAUAAAACUGUACCAAGUCAUUAGCACUCCAACAGAUUUUUUCAUGGUCAUGGAAUACGUCUCUGGAGGAGAAUUGUUUGACUAUAUCUGCAAACAUGGAAGGGUUGAAGAAGCAGAGGCAAGACGCCUUUUUCAACAGAUCAUUUCUGCUGUAGAUUACUGUCACAGACAUAUGGUGGUUCACCGCGAUCUGAAACCAGAGAAUGUGCUGCUUGAUGCACACAUGAAUGCCAAGAUAGCUGAUUUUGGAUUAUCCAACAUGAUGUCAGAUGGGGAAUUCCUGCGGACCAGUUGUGGUUCACCUAAUUAUGCAGCACCGGAAGUCAUAUCGGGAAGAUUGUAUGCAGGUCCUGAGGUUGAUAUCUGGAGCUGUGGAGUGAUACUCUAUGCUCUUCUCUGUGGAACUCUACCAUUUGAUGAUGAACAUGUUCCAACUCUUUUUAAGAAGAUAAGAGGAGGAGUAUUUUACAUCCCUGAGUACCUAAACCGCUCUGCUGCUACAUUGUUAAUGCAUAUGCUUCAGGUUGACCCUCUUAAGCGUGCCACUAUCAAAGACAUAAGAGAACAUGAAUGGUUUAAACAGGAUUUACCCAGUUACUUGUUUCCAGAAGACCCGUCAUAUGAUGCCAAUGUAAUUGAUGAUGAGGCUGUGAAGGAGGUGUGUGAGAAGUUUGAAUGUACAGAAUCCGAAGUUAUGAACAGUUUAUACAGCGGUGACCCACAAGACCAGCUUGCUGUUGCCUACCAUCUUAUAAUAGACAAUCGAAGAAUAAUGAACCAGGCCAGUGAAUUCUACCUCGCCUCUAGUCCACCAACUGGCUCAUUCAUAGACGAAAGCACUUUGCACAUCCCACCUGGAGUGAAGCCACACCCAGAAAGAAUGCCACCUCUAAUAGCAGAUAGUCCAAAGGCAAGAUGCCCUUUAGAUGCUUUGAACACCACCAAACCUAAACCCCUAGCUGUGAAAAAAGCCAAGUGGCACUUGGGGAUCCGCAGCCAAAGUAAACCAUAUGAUAUUAUGGCUGAAGUUUAUCGAGCUAUGAAGCAACUUGAUUUUGAAUGGAAGGUAGUUAACCCUUAUCAUCUCCGUGUGAGAAGAAAGAAUCCAGUGACUGGUACUUAUGUGAAAAUGAGUCUGCAGCUCUACCAGGUUGAUAAUCGCAGUUACCUUUUGGACUUCAAAAGUAUUGACGAUGAAGUCAUGGAACAAAAAUCAGGUUCUUCAACCCCUCAACGUUCUUGCUCUGCAGCUGGCCUGCACAGACCACGCCUGAGUAUUGACUCGAGCACAUCAGACUAUUCAGCGCCAAGUGGACCUCUGUUUGGCUCUUUCUCAGGCAGUUUUAGUUUAGUUAACCCUCGCUUGGGGAGCCAUACCAUGGAUUUCUUUGAAAUGUGUGCCAGUCUGAUUACAACGCUGGCUCGUUAACAAGCAGUGAGAAUUUGCACAUUUUGUUAGAGAGCACUGUGAAUAUUUAAUUGAUGCUAUUUUUUUUGCCUUGGGCAUUGUGUACAGUGCAAGCUUUUAAGCACCUAGACACCACAAACCCUAAAAGAGCUGCUGUUUAAUGUACCUUAUCAUUUGAAUUAUACUGCAGAAUUGGAAGUGACAUAGAACGAUGCAGACUGAUAAUACUAAACAGCUUCUUUAGUUACUAUUAGUGUGCUAACUUAUUAAUGAAAAUGACAUAUUUAUUUUGAUAUUAUGGUAGUAGAGUUAUGAAAAGCAGCUUUUAUUUUUAUAAGAAUAUUACUCUCAUUUGACACAGAUGAAAUUGCCUUUUUUUAAUUUACUGAAUAGUAUUUGUAUUCUGCAAAUAACAGAGGUUUAAGAAACGAAAGAAGCUAUUUGAAGUAAACUUAAUUUCAUUAAGUAAUGUUUAUGUACUAAGCAUCCAUUCAGUAAAAGGUUACAAAGGCUGCUUUUGAUGUAUAACUCACUGUAUCACUUUUUAUGUUCUGCUUCGAGCGAUUGCCACUUUUGUCUUGUUUUGAUAUGGUUAUUCUGAAAAAGAAUAAUAUAGGGAAUGUGCAAUGAUACUGCAGUUGCAGGGUGUGCAAUGGGUGCUGCUCUGCAAUUCCAGGAGGUUCUUGGCCAGGAAGUGGAGGUUGGUUCAACAAUGCAAGUAGGGUAGUUGCUUACAAUUGAAAGUGUUUCACUGAUCAGCAAGGGUCAUUGUUUGCUUUUCUGCUCUUCCUUACGGAAUUAUAUAUAUAUACACCCUCCAUGUCUAAGCUUUAAUGUAAUGUGAAUUUAUGUAGCAAUUAGAGCACAAGAGGGUUUUUUCUCUCAGACCCAGCACGGCCAACCUACAUCUCUCCAAUAGUACAGCAACAAAUGGCUGUAGGGGAUGGUAAGAGUUCACCAGGUUACAAUUCUAUAGACAAAGCUUCCUUGUGCCAAGAGAUGAAAUGUUAUGUGCAUUGUUUUGUCACUGAUAUGUUAUCUGUAUAUAUUUUAUAUUUUUUUUGCAGGAAUGUAGGAUCACCAAUCAAAAUGCCAUUAUUUAUUGUUCAAAUAGAGCAUUCUGCACUUUAUAUGUCUCACUAUUGCUAUUUAACACAUCAAAGAGAAAAUGAACUUUUAUGAUAGAAGAGAGAAAUUCCACUGUACUGUCAACUCAGUUUGUUGCUGAACAAAAAAUGAUGAUUUUAUUAAGGAUGCACCGAAUCCACGGUCCUGGCCAAACCAAAUCCGAAUCCUAAAAAUCACAUGACUUUUUGUCAUGGUAACACGGAAGUGGAAGUGCGCAGCUUCAUUUAGCCCUUCCAAGUCCUAAUUAGUAUAUGCUAAUUCGGAUUCGGUUCCGUAUUCGGCUGAAUCCCUUGCGGUGGAUUCGGAGGUUCGGCCGAACCCUAAAAACUGGAUUCCGUGCAUCCCUAAUUUGUAUUGACAUAUAUAGAUAGGUAAACAACAUGGUAAGGAAUCAGUCUGACGUUAUACCUGUUUUAUUCUAAAAAGUAUACUUGGAGCAGGUGUAUCCAGUAAGGUUUAGUUUGUUUUUUUUCUGCAGUAAAUGUCCCAUCAUGCUUUGGACCUUGUGUAACAAUGUUGGGUUCCAUGGCUAAAGGAAGAGAUCUUAAAAACCUUUAAAAGAGGGUUAAUAACAGAGGCCUGUGGGGCAAGGGGUAGUGUGUGAAAACUGCAGAGCAUGCAUUGUCAUGAGUGAAUGCAUUCCAACAUUUGCAUUUAUAGUUGGUGGUGCCAUUUAGAAAGCAUUCUGUAACAGUUAAGCAAGUUGAAUAUAUGGAUUUUGUCUUUGCAGCAUUUACAGGCUGGAUCAUAGCAUGUUCGCUAUACUUUAUACAUUCAUUAUUCUUGGAGGGUUUCCACAACCCGCUUCAAGGUAAAUAUAUGGAAAAUUGUGGAAUAUUCAUCGUAAUGAUCUUUUUAACUGGUGUGUGCAGUCAUCAGUCUUACUAGGAGCUCACUGGCAUCAUGCUCCGUCUUGUCACUAUAUUCAUCCCUCUCUCCAACACUCAUGAUGUUCCUGUUUAACAGAACACUUUUCUUAAAGUUUUCUUUGCUUAAUUGCAUGUGGUAUUAAAUGUUAAUACUAAAAAAAUAUAUAUUAACACCUUCCCCUCCAAUGACAUGAGACCACAUGCAAAGAAUAUAUUAGUAUUGUCACUUGACUAUUGCCACAAGUUGUUUAACUGAGAAAGGAUUAUCAACUAUGACUAUGAUGACUUUGACCAGCAAGAAACCAAUUUUGGGAAUGAUUGUCUAGUUCCAUUCAAAAUUAACUUUGCAAUUAUUAGCAUAUAAAAUCCAUAGACACUUUGUAACUUUGGUGUGAGCAGCAACUUGCCCAGCUGCAUAGGUAGAAUAUUCAGGCAUUUCAGUGCAAGGCUUUGAAUGUGCCUGAUCUGUGUCCCUGAGUUCUUGCUUGAUUUUAUAUGUGAGCAGUCAGAAUGACUGGCUUUGCAUAUAAAACGUAAGUAUGCAUGUGCCUUACGCUGUAUCUUAAUGGGCAAUUUGGUUUUUGCCCAAACUGGCACUUUAUUUUGACCUACUUUGGAAGUUCAAAUAAAAGUUUACUAUUCAUUGGAUUUGGAUCUGAUAUAACAAUUCAAGACUUGGGCUUUUUUUCCCUACUGGCAUAUUACAACCAGAAACCUCCACUAAAAAUUUCCUGGCUGAAAAGUGAAUUCACUGGCAGUCGUUCCCCUUUCAGGUGAAUAAAAGGCAGACAAGGUGGCUUCAGUGCUUGGCCACUGAAUUACACUGGGCAGAGAAUGUGUGUCAUCAGCCUAAAGUAUGUUUCCAGUGCUUUUUAUGGAAGCAACAGUCAGACCUGCAGUUUAAUAGCAAUACCAAUAACCAAUAAAUGAACUGUAUGUCUCUUCAAUGUGCACAAAAGGACAUUAGUUUAGACAGCAAUCACAGUAGGGUCUGGAUUCUGUUACCAUUUUAUACUCUGAAUGCUGUGAGUAUCAAAAAUAGAAUUAAUUAAGUUAGAACAAGGUUUCUUUAGAUUAAAUUUUAGAUUAUCCAGUGAACAGAUCUUCCUGUGUAAAUUAACAUAAAAGGCUGCUGCCAAAUUAAAUGAAAUCACUUUAGUUUGCAGAGGACAGAACCUUUUUAGGAAUGGCCUCCUUUUGUCAAAAAUGGGGUGGGGGAUUACCUGCUUUUGUGAGGUAACCACAAGAUUAGCAGUGAGGGACAAACAAAGAUGUUGCUAGAUAUUUUAUUCCCGUUAAAUGGAGAGGGCCAUAAAAUUGCCCCCUAGGUCUAAAAUUAGAUAGCCCUAUAAUAAAAGCAUUGCCUAUAUCAUACUAGUAGUUUAAGAAGAGUAUGCAUCUCUUCUGUUCUUUUGGGGAAAGUAUAGUGUGACAACAGCAGCAUCUAGUGGCUAUUUAGGAUAAAUGAAAUUCUCUUUGCUUUAUGAUUCCAAUUUUUAGCACUUGAAAAGAAUUACAGAAAAUGAAGCUUCAAGAGAUAAGUCAAAUAAGGGCAAACUUUGAAUAAGAAAUAUAUGUAAACUUGGUUACAGUGAGUAGAGCAUGCUAGAACCUUGGGGUGUAUUUUCUUUCACCAGUAAUUACAUCCACAAAUGAAAUGGCAAAUAGGUUAUGUAUUCAUGGCUGUGGCCUUAAUUUGAUUUUGACUUGAUUUUGAUCAGACUAUACCUAUUGCUACCUCACAAUCAAAUACUGAUUCAGCCAUCUCUAGGCUUGUGAUCAUGCAAAUGUUCAAUUAUCUCUAGGCUCAUGAUCACACACUAAUCCAACUAGGUCUCAGUACACACCUACAGAAUAUGCUCAGAUCCACAAAUCCAGAACAAAUGUAGACUGAACUCUUUACUGUGAAUGAUUAGCUAUCUCAGUAACCCUACUAGUAUGAAGCUUUGUGCAAGAAUCAAGCUGUCCAUCUAAAGGAAAGCUGUAAUUUCUUAAAAGGAGUUCAUAUCACUGUAGCUACCUGUUGCAGUAGACCUCAGAGCAGGUCCAUGACCAGUGUCUCACUGUUUAAGGCUUGGAGUACAAGCUUUUAUUCAGCAAAAAGUAUUGUGUGUGAUAGGUUGGAGCUUUAGAAAAUUUGCAUAAAGCACAAUGUAACACACAGACCAGUCACUAGGACAGAUUUUUGCUAUUUCACUAGAUUUUGAACCAUACAGCGAGCAGCAUGUUGCUGCCAUAAGGAGAACACUACACGUUUGCAACUUGAUCAGCCAAUAUAUGAAGUUUAAUUUAAUUAGUGUUCAUUAUGAUUUAGUACUACAAACUGCACCCCCCGAUUUAUAUAUACAGUAUAUAUAUAUAUAUAUAUAUUUAAAUAGGUAGAAAGGACACAAUAUAACAAAAGUAUACAAUAUAUGUAUAUAUAUACAAUGUGAAAAAUGUGCACAAAUAGUGUGGUUUCUCAUAUGGCCUCUUCCUUUGGUCAAAAACAGUUAUUCAAAAUGCCUUAAAAGUGAGUGUAUGUAAAUCUCAUAACUAUGUCACAGCCAGACGGCUGCCUUAGGACAUCAUGAUUACAAGAUUGCCCUUGCUCAUUUCAUUAUUCAGUUAACUUCCGUCAGAUAGGUUUGUGUCUUUAUUCAGUUUGGUUUGUCUCUCAUGCUAAACCUAAUGUAUCUGUUUUGCAUCUGAGUCUGGUUCCAAGUUGUUUUGUAGAUUUUAUAUAAAAUGGUGAUUCAUAAAUAAUAAUGUACCUAUAGUACAAUAUAAUGAUUUACUGAAAACAUCUGAUUCUUUUGCCAUUAAAGUGUACAAGUGUGAAGAGAA